GUUCCUGCCAUGUACCUGGAUCUGGUCUACACCAGGCUGCAGCAGAGUGACAUGGAGCAUGAGGUCCUCAUUGAGGAUCUGCAGGAAGCUAUUGAUGGCCAGUCUGGACCCUCUCCCAGAGCCCACAGCUACACCAAGUACAACACCUGGAACGAGAUCCAAGACUGGAUUGCCUCCAUUUCCUCCUCUAACCCCAAUCUCAUCAGCAAGCAGGUGAUCGGAAACACCUACGAGGGACGUCCCAUGAAUCUGCUCAAGAUUGGUAAAAAAUCCAGCUCCACUAAGCCUGCUAUCUUCAUGGACUGUGGUAUUCAUGCUAGAGAGUGGAUCUCUCCUGCCUUCUGCCAGUGGUUUGUCAAGGAGGCUCUGUCCACAUAUGGCAAGGAUUCUCAGAUGACCAGCCUGCUCAACCAGAUGGACGUCUAUGUUCUGCCCGUCUUUAACAUUGAUGGCUACGAUUACACCCACAAGAGCAACAGGAUGUGGAGGAAAACCCGUUCCAGGAGAUCUGGAUCUGGCUGCGUCGGAGCUGAUCCCAACAGGAACUGGAACGCUGGCUGGUGCACCAUCGGAGCCUCCAGCAACCCCUGCAGCGACACCUUCUGUGGGUACACUCCUGAGUCUGAGAUCGAGGUCAAGAAUGUUGCUGACUUCAUCCGCAGAAACAAGUCUGCCAUCAAGGCCUACAUCACCGUCCACUCCUACUCCCAGCUGCUGCUCUUCCCCUACUCCUACACCUAUGAGCUGUCUGCACACCACAGUGAACUGCUGAAGGUGGCUGAGGGGGCCUCUGCUGCUCUGCGUAGUCUGUACGGUACCCGCUACACCAGCGGGCCUGGUGCUGCAACCAUCUACCCCGCUGCUGGAGGCUCUGACGACUGGGCCUAUGACCUGGGAGUGAAAUAUUCCUACACCUUCGAGUUGCGCGACACUGGUCGUUACGGCUUCCUGCUGCCAGAGUCUCAGAUCAAGCCCACAUGCGAGGAGACCAUGCUGGCCGUCAAGUACAUCGCCGCCUACGUGCAGAAGAACCUCUAUUAAGGAGAGGAACUGCCAGGACCCCUGCCAACUCCCCUCCUCUAUACCAGCCCCCAGCCCCUCCAACCUCUCAGCCAUCUCCAGCCUGUAUCCAUGG